AUGUCUACCGAGCCAGAAAAGUUGCACAUCUCCUACAACCACGUCCACAAGCUCUGCCAAGAAGCUGCUGAAGGCAUCAGAGCCAACGGUAAGCCAGACGUUAUUGUCGCCAUUGGUGGCGGUGGGUUCAUCCCAGCCCGUAUCUUGCGUUCCUUCAUUAAACACAAGGGUGAGAAGAAUAUCCCCAUCCAAGCUAUUGGUCUCUCUCUUUACGAAAGCUACGGGGACGACGACGUUGAGCAGAUCGGUAAGGAGGUUAUCAGAACCCAGUGGUUGGACAUGGGUGCCUUGGCUGAGCACUUUGACUCGUUGAUCGGUAAGAACAUCUUGAUUGUUGAUGAAGUCGACGACUCCAGAACCACCUUGCACUACGCCUUGUCGGAAUUGGAAAAGGACGUCAGAGAAGUGCAGGAAAAGUUGGGCAGAACCAGCGAAAAGACCACCUUCUCCAUUUUUGUUUUGCACAACAAGAACAAACCUAAGAGAGCCUCUUUACCAGAAGCCAUGUUCGCUGAAGGCCGUUACCACGCCGCCAAGACUGUUCCCGACGCCUGGAUUGCUUACCCAUGGGACCAGAUGGACAUCGACGCCCACACCCAGAAGGCUACCGAACAAGGUUUCAUUUAA